AUGGAUGCAGACUCUGGAAACCAUCAAUCACCGACUCAUAGUGUGAACAGCCAGUCGUCUGGUUCAUCAGAUCACACCAUGAGAGCAAUGAAUCCGACACUAAAUGGUCACGGAACCAAUUCUGUUAUGAACGGUAAUGGGACAGUGGCGCCAAUGUUCGACUAUUCCUCACCAUCGUUUAGCGACAAUACAUCUAACAGUCCGGAAGCCAUUUUAGGAAACUCAAACCAAGCUGUAUCGCACUUGCUCAACGAAGACUUUAUGACAUGGCUACUAAGCAGAGAUACUAAUAGUCCAUCUAUUGUACCCGCGACAGGAGCAAAUGGAUCCGUUGUACCCAACAAUUUCACACUUUCAGAGCAACCAGCAAACCAAUUAUCUAAUAUACCAUUAGAAUACAACUAUUAUGACAUCGAUUUCGACAUAAUGGAAGGCAAUCACUUUCUUUCAGCUUCACCUACAUCAUCAAUAAAACUUGAAGAUACACUUGCUAAUCAGAAACAGUUGCAGUCCUCACCACAGAGCCAUAAUACAUCACAACAUCCAAAACAUUCGCACCCUCCGCAGAACCACACAAGGCACCAAAGCACUUAUCCUUGUAGCGAUAUCACUUGCCAGGCGAUUAGACAGGCUAUUAAUCUACAUGAUAACGAUACUCUGCUAGACAAAUUCAUUCGUCCGUCAUUUGUGAGUCAUGCUAUUGAUAUUUAUUGGAGUGUACAUAGUAGAUGGCCCAUUUUGCACAGACCGAGUUUCGAUAUCAACAAAGCGCCACCACAUCUAUUAGUAUCCAUGAUAACGAUAUCAAUGUAUCUAAUACGUGACGAAGAUGCUAGAGAACUAGCAAUCAAGAUCCAUGAUACGUUUAGAUAUAACAUUUACAUGUGUCCAGAGUUCAAAGCGCCAAUUGCAAUAUGGGUGUUUCAGAGUUUACUUUUGGCAGAAAUCUUUGAAAUGCUUACUAGUACUGAGGAACAGCACGACAUGGCGAGUAGGUUUUAUCAAGUACUGAUAGCAUCUAUGAGACAGGGUGGCACUAUGGGUGAAAAGGGCCAUGAAGACGACAAUAAGGACGAUUCGACGACCAAUUCAGGAACUGCUUCGGGUGAUGAGGAUAAUGGAGUGCUGCAGAAUUUGAGUGAGGCCGAAGUAGCUUGGAAGUCAUUCAUCAAACGAGAAGCUAAGAAGAGAAUUGCAUAUUUUGCCUUUGUUCUAGAUACCCAGCAUUGUGCAUUUUUUAACAAACCACCUUCAGUUUUUAUUUCCGACUUACCAUUUCGUCUCCCCUGUGAAGAAGCGGUAUGGGAAGCAGAAGAUGCAGAUUCAUGGAUAAAACUCAAAAGGUCAUAUCCAGCAACGCCUUAUUUCCAACAAAUGAUAAGCAUUUUCUUAAAAUUAGAAAGUUCUAGCAUAACACACCAGUUGUCACCUUGGAAUAUGAUGAUUAUUUUCCAUGGCCUAAUAUCAGUUGGUUGGAGAACGAGAUUGAGAGAAAGUGUUAUUAUUACUGGUGAAGAGGAGUUUUCACCAACGGCUGUCAGUACUAAUAAUUUCGUGGGAAUUGUUUCGGAAUCAUAUUACGGAUGGUUAAGACAUUACCGAACUGCUUUUAUCACCAGUAACAAGCUUCCGUUCAACCAUCCUUAUGUUCUUGGAUGUUUGACGACUUAUGAGUUUGCUCAUGUUAUAUUGAAUACAGAUAUUCAACGUAACCAGGAUUUUCUUCAACUGCUCACUUCAUCAUCAUCAUCUUCAGCCAACUCGUCACGGGCUAUUAAAUCGUGUCGAGUGUUAUGCCAUUGGGCAAGCUCCAUCAACGCAAUCUCUGCUCUUACACAUGCACUUGAUCUUAUUGAUAUGUUUUUAGUGAGCGAUAUAAAGUAUGAUGUGAGCAAGGAAACAGCAUUUCACCGACCAUGGUGUUUGUAUCUGUCAGCGAUAACAAUUUGGAUUUUCGAAUACUUCUCAGGGCGAAAUGACAGGCCACGAUACGCGGAAAAUUUAUCCCUAUCUCAGUAUCUUGGUAGACUAAGAGCUACCUUAUCUAGAAAGGGUCUUGAUAAUCGGGCAUCACUGGCAAAACUGGCUAUUAACCCACAAGUUAUCUAUGACAAGGAAAACAUCCAUAAAUGCGAGGCCAAUGUUCUCCUCCGACAGAUUAUCGAACUCCUCAAGGCUUCGCGAUGGGGAGUUUUACAAAAUCGGAUUAAGAUUUUAAAUGAUGUACUUAGUUAUGACGUAUGA